AUGGAGGACUACCGUGCAGCAUCUCUCUUCCAACCUUCAAACCUGGCCAAGGCCUUGGAGGACACUAUGGACUCGUCGUCCGGGAGACCUUCGCAUUUAAUGGGCUCCAUUCUCUCAAUUCCUCACACCAUAUCGGCUCGCACCUUGGCAGUCCUAGGCUAUGACUUUGUCAUGAUCGACGCACAGCAUACACCGAUUGAAGCUGAGAAUCUCGUUCGCCUAAUACAAACCGUCAGCCUCGCUAGUGGAGGAAGAACCGUUCCCAUCUGCCGAGUACCGUCUGCUCAAUCACAUCUACUAACCUAUGCUCUGGACGCCGGAGCUGGGGGUAUAAUUUUUCCGCACAUUGAUACACCGGAGCAAGCCGUCGAAGCUGUCAGCAAGUGCCGGUAUGCAUAUUCGGAUGGAGACCGGUCGCUUGCACCAGCGGUAUUAGUUCCUGGAGUUACGGAUGUGGCACCGGCGGAGUCCUCUCAUGAACGUGUCGCAGACAACAAUAUCGCGGUGAUCAUCCAGAUAGAGAGCCCUCUUGCUGUCGCAAAUGCAGAAUCCAUAGCAACAGUCUCUGGUGUGAACGCCCUAAUGUUAGGCGCUGGCGACCUUCGAGUUGCCAUGCGCUGUCCUUCACGCCGAAUGGGUGACCCUGAAAACCCCGAGAUAGUAGAUGCAAUUGAUCGGUUGGUGAUGGUGUCACGGCGGUAUCGGAAGCCUUUGGCGGUGGUAUCGUGGAAGGUAUCUGGCGCGACGAACACAUGGCUGAACGACUUUCAGCUAUUGAUGGUCACAUCUGACUACUUCAGUGUGGUGAAGGGGCAAAAGGACGAUUUAGCGCGCAUGAAGGAGGCUUUGGCGGGAAUGGCAAGCUUCAAAAAUUGA